AUGUCGAACCGAGGACGAGUUAAGAUUAGACGUGACAGUGUUUUGAAACUAGCCACUCCCAAUAUAUCUCAGAGACCAGGAGGAUCCACGCCGUCGAGAACUCCCACCCCUCUACCAAGCCAAUAUAACUUCACCCCAUCAUCCCAACCUCCGGUUACCGAGAUGCCCCAACCUCAAGUCCCCAUCUACUCACCUCAACCACAUUUCCGAGACUUUCCUCCGCCCCAACAACUUUUCCAUGAUUCUCCAUCACAACAACCUGAAAUCGGGAACUCCUCCUCAUCGCUUCAAAAUCAGAACUCUCCUUCGCCUCCAGUUCAGCCCUCUCCAGCGUCUACACAUCAUCACUCUCAAGCUCAGAGUAAUCAAUCUUCGGCAACUCACAACUUCCAUGGUGAAGACGACGAUGAAGUACCUCCACCUGAGCUGGUUCUCCAGGAAGACCUACAGCGUCUGUUGAAUGCCAUCCUUCUGGUGCCAGGCCAUGAAAAGUUUACCACUGUGCUAUCUCCCGAACAGAAGCCAAACACAACUUGGCUAAGCAUCGUUGUUUAG